AUGGCCAUGUCCACAGAGUGUCCGUGUCCAGCUGAACUGAACAUCACAACCAAUGGUACCCUGUCCACUACCCAGGGCGAUGUCUGGGGAUCCAAGAACAAUCUAGAUUUGGGAAAAGAUGAAAUCCUCAAAGGAUUUAUUGAAUUCCAGGUGGCCAUAGCCAUUGACAAUUAUUACGUUCCGGUGUGCUCGAGCCUGGGGAUUCUGGGUAAUAUGUGGUCGUUCGUCACGCUGUUGUCCCCGGCCCUCAGGCGCUCCACCACCUGUCAGUACAUGGCCGCUAUAGCCAUUGCCGAUUCAAUGAUCCUCGUCUACAACAUUCUAUUCCUCAUCAGAAAGUUUCCAGGCUACGAAAUCUUUAAUCCCUGGUCCUGUCGUCUUUUAUUUUUCUUGUUUUAUUUUACCAUCCAUUUUGACGUGGCCGUCAUGAUAGCUAUGACAUUUGAGAAGUACAUGGCUGUACGUUUUCCGCUGCACGCGGCGUCAUGGAAACCGAGGACAAAACUGAUCAUGUGCAUCAUUGCCAUUUGUACAUGCGCAUUAGAUGCCCAUAACUUUUUCACUCGUGGCAUGGUAUAUGACCCAAAAACCCAAACGGAAACGUGUUACCCAACCGGACCAGAAAACAAGUACUUUCUGUUCCAAAUCUGGCCUUGGAUAGACGCGUGUGUUUACUGUUUCAUUCCCAUGACUAGCCUUUUCGUGAUGAACAUUUUGAUCAUUGUUUGGUUGAACAAAUCGGAAAAGAUCCGUCAAGGGAUGGGGAAUGCGCAGAUGACGGUCCGCUUUGCACCGACGAAACCCGUGUCAUCCUCGGCGUCAACAAGUUCUACUUCGUCUGGUGAGAUCGGCAAGAGCCAGGAAGUGGAUCUAGUCAAGCGGAAUAGGAACAGGGAAGGGCAGAUCACCCGGAUGUUACUCUUGGUUUCCUUCACCUUCCUGUUGCUCGUUGGUCCCAUGGCCGUCCUGAUCAUCGUGGAGCGCCAGUUCGACCUGGCUUCCACACCUCACCAGGCAGCUAUCUACCACCUCGUCCGCACCGUUAUCAACAAUCUCAUGUACACGAACCACAGCCUUAACUUCCUCCUCUACUGUUUCAGUGCUAAGCGCUUCAGGCAGGCCUCGUUGGCAACUCUGUGCUUCUGCCGACGGGGCAUGCGCCAUGCCCGGCGCGGUACUACUCUGCCUCUCAAGUCCACAGCCACGCGGUCAGUGUCAGUGUCCAGUAUAACAACCUGA